GAAACAGAUACCCCACCUAUUCACGAACUCACUGAGAGCGUAUAGCAGAAUAUCAAUUGAUAUAUUUUAAAUUAGUUUAUCCACUGUCACCGGAGGUGUAACGUAGCAAGCCUUACUACAUUUUGAACUGACAAACUCGUCGAAUAUGCCUGAUGAUCGUCCUCGGACCAAUUCGACAAGUUCACAAUCAUCAAUUUCGAAUGAAGAAAUAGCAAAAUUACUGAAAAACCUUACGGAGCAAAGCAACCAAAUUAUUCAACAAAAUACCGCAAUCAAACAAGAUGUUGUGCAAAUUAAUGAAAAUAUAUCAGAUAUAAAAAUUGAGCUAAGUUCUGCCAACAAGAAAAUAUCUGAACUAGAAUCUGAAAAUCGUGAACUGAAGAAGAAAAUCGAAACCAUUGAGAGAAAGAAUAGAAAAUACAAUAUUGUUUUAUAUGGAUUAGAAGAAACAAAUAACCAAAUCAAAAGCGAUCUCUUGAAAGUGAUAAAUGAAAAAUUGAACGUGACAUGCGAUAAAAAUGAAAUACGAGACUGCCAUCGGAUAGGAAAAGAAACUAAUGAAAUCAAUAAACAUAGACCAAUAGUAGCCGAGUUAUCAACAUAUGAAUUAAAACAAGAAAUACUGUCCAAGGCCAAAACCCUAGAGAAAGGAAGUAGAUUAUUCAUUACACAAGACUACACACCAGAAGUAUACGAAAAGCGGAAGCUGCUCCACAAAAAUCUUGUCUUAGCCAGACAGAGGAACUAUUCUGCUUACAUUCAGAAUAAUACAUUAUUCGUGAACGGAGACAAAUAUACAUACGAAGAUCUAUCCCAAAAUAACAAUCAAAUCGAAAACUUGCCAACUGUACCGAUCAAGGGGAUCCGAGACGAGGGAACAAACAAGGAACCAAGAGGAGAGAAGAGACAGCCCGAAGGUACUCCACCAGAAGCAGGGAAGCCAGCAACUAAACCAAAAGUUACAUACACAAAUAUCAGGUCGUCGAACCGCCUUCAAUCUACGACUAGUAAACAUACAUAGAAAUUGACUUUCAGCUCAAUUAAUAAUAACGUGAUUUCUUUUUCUUUUUCAAUAUUGUGUGAUUAUAUCAAUCAUUUAAAUCUAUACUUUCAC